AAGUGUAAGACCAAUUUUUUUUUCCCGUUUGUGCCUAAUGGCAGCUGCUUCAACCUCUCUCACCUACCAAGUGGUCGCCGAGAGGGGACUUUCCCCUUCCUUCACCAACCUCCGGCGUCCGUUCGCUGAUUCUUCUCUCCGCUUCAAUUCCAACGGCUUCUCCGCCGGAUUCUCUUUCCGGUUCGCCGGUAACUCCCGAGCUUCGGUCGUCUUCUCCGAUCGCCGGCGCCGUCUAACCAUGGAGCCGACCAAUGUCUAUGUUGCUUCGAAUUCUACUGAAAAGGAGGUUGGAAAUGAAGAAAUUAGGAAGAAUCCAAGCUUGAUCUGUGCUCCGGUAAUGGCGGAUUCGGUAGACAAGAUGGUGGCUGACACGUUUAAAGCCAAAGAAUUGGGUGCGGACCUUGUGGAAAUCCGAUUAGAUAGUCUCAAGACAUUCAACCCACACGAAGAUCUGAAAACCAUUAUAAAGCAGUCUCCUUUACCCACUCUGUUCACUUACAGACCAAAAUGGGAGGGUGGUCAAUAUGAAGGCGAUGAAACGGAGAGGCAGGACGUGCUUCGUCUGGCCAUGGAGUUGGGAGCUGAUUACAUUGAUGUUGAGCUUCAGGUUGCUGGUGAGUUCAUCAAGUCAAUUCACGGGAAGAAGCCUGACAAGUUUAGAGUCAUCGUUUCAUCCCACAACUAUCAGAAUACUCCCUCCGUUGAGGAUCUCAAUGGUCUCGUUUCAAGGAUUCGAGCCACUGGAGCUGACAUAGUAAAGAUUGCUACAACUGCUGUAGACAUCACAGAUGUUGAACGCAUUUUCCAAAUAACCUCAAACUCUCAAGUUCCUACAAUUGGGCUUGUCAUGGGCGAGAGGGGUUUAAUGUCUCGGAUACUUUGUUCAAAAUUUGGUGGGUAUUUGACUUUCGGAACCCUCGAGUCUGGAAAAGUUUCUGCGCCUGGUCAGCCCACAAUUAAGGAUUUGUUAGAUCUUUACAACUUUAGAGGGAUUGGUCCUGAUACAAAGGUGUAUGGAAUUAUCGGCAAGCCUGUCAGUCACAGCAAAUCGCCUAUUGUUCAUAAUCAGGCGUUCAAAUCAGUCGGUUAUAAUGGGGUAUAUGUACACCUGUUAGUUGAUAAUCUCGCAAACUUCCUCCAAACAUACUCAUCCCCUGAUUUCGCUGGGUUCAGCUGUACAAUUCCUCACAAAGAAGCAGCCCUGCAAUGUUGCGAUGAGGUUGAGCCAUUGGCAAAGUCAAUAGGAGCUGUGAACACUAUACUGAGGAGACAAAGUGAUGGAAAGUUGCUUGGUUACAACACAGAUUGUUUUGGUUCCAUUUCUGCUAUUGAGGACGGGCUACGCUCAAUUGAUCCAAACAGUUCACCUUCUUCUUCACCGUUAGCUGGUAAAACUGUGGUGAUUAUUGGUGCUGGAGGUGCUGGCAAGGCCCUUGCUUAUGGUGCCAGGGAAAAAGGGGCCAAAGUUGUAAUUGCUAAUCGGACAUAUGAACGAGCUCGAGGACUGGCCGAUGCAGUUGGAGGUGUAGCUUUGUCUCUUGUGGAGUUAGAGGAUUUCCACCCGGAGGAUGGCAUGGUUCUCGCCAACUCCACAUCUAUAGGAAUGCAGCCUAAUGUCGACGAGACUCCCAUUCCCAAGAGAGCGUUGGAGCGUUAUGCACUGGUGUUCGACGCUGUAUAUACUCCAAGAAUCACCCGACUCUUACGGGAAGCAGAAGAGUGCGGAGCCAAAACGGUCUCCGGUUCAGAGAUGUUCGUCCGGCAGGCGUACCAGCAGUUCGAGAUUUUCACCGGUUUGCCCGCUCCCAAGGAACUCUUCUGGAAAAUCAUGUCAAAGUACUGAGGAUUUCUCAUGCAGUUGAAGAUGUACUUCCAAAGAUAUGAUCAAACCCCCCCUUUUUUUUUUUCUUUCAAGUUUUCAAAAAAAAAAAUCUGAGAAUAUUGUUUGUGCGGCCAUAAUAGCUGGUCUCUGUAUUUACAAGCUUGUGAUUGAAUAAUACGCCCUGUGUUUGCCUUUCUUUCUUAGAACAAAAAAAAGUUCGUUUA